CUCUCUCUCUCUCUCUCUCUCUCUCUCCUUCCUUAAGGUAAAAAGAGCAGAAAAAAGGAAGUCGAGGCUGGUUGCUAUGGAGACGGCGUCCUGGUCGCCUGGCGAGCGGGCGGGGGAGGUGAGGCACUCUAACCGGAAGAGGAAAUACACGGAAACCGGAAGUAGCUUUGUGCCGUUCCGCGUGGUUUCUGAACCAGCGUCUGGCUGGAGUCGUGGAAGGGGCCUCCAGAAGAGGAGUCGUGGUAAGACCAAGUCUAUAGUCGUAUGUACGGUUUACGUGGGAGUAAGCGCUAUUGAAUACAGCGGGGGCUCCUUCCGAGCAGGAUUAUAAAACGCGAGGCGGUUUCUAGGGAGGGAAGAAGCCCCAGGUUCGGCUUAAUGCAAUGUUAGGAAUGUGUUGGGGCGGCAGGUGGAAGUUCAACAGGUGAAGCAUUCCCGGAAUUUAAGUGUAUGCCGUUUCUCCGUCUUUUACCAGCCUGGCCGCGGGGAGGCGGGGAAGCAAUACCAAUCUCUCCAGUGGAGAAAUUGAAGGUGGAGCGCACUUUCUGUGUACCCCGCCCCCCGUUCUUCGUGUAGCUCGGUGGAUUCGAGGCACUCCAAAGCACAGUGUGCAAUGCCUCACGUAGAGAUGGAGGAAGGCUUCUCGUCAUCGGAUUCGGAAGAGUCUCUUGUCACUGACCGAGAGGUAAGUUUAGUGCUGUGAUCAUGCUGCGCUGGAGUGUGGGCAGGAUAUUUGUUAUGGCUGGUGGUGUUUAGCUCAUUUCUCUGUAGCCUGCCGUGGAGGGCUACACUUCAUUUCUUACAAAGGUUGUAGACAGGACUAUAUUUAUAUAAUAGCAAUACCUUAAAAAUCAAAAAUUAUAUAGGGCAUUUCCUUAUAUAAAUAUCUUUACUUGCAUGUAGAAGGGACAGGGACAGCAGGGCUAAUCCAUGUUAGCUAAAGCUGCUCGUGUGAUGGUGUAACUCCAGGCAACACUGAACAUCUCUCCAUAGUGAAUUGUGCUGGGAGCUUCCACAACCCAUUUCAUGGGUUCAUCAUACAUCACAUACAUUUUUGGGUGUUUUAAGUAAUAGCCCUAUAUUAUUGUUCAUAUUGUAAGUAAGCAGCUGAGGGGGCUUGCCUAGUUGGUUUAUGACUAGAGUGAAAUUUGAGUUAGUAUCUUAAUGGCUCACACUCCUAGCCACCAAUGCCUGUUCACAGUAGCACAUCACAGUGCAGUGUCAGUUCAGCAUCUAAAGCAAAGCAUGCUUACAUAGGGCAGAUAGAGAGCUGCUUUGUCUUAUCACUUGCAAUUUGAGCGCUUCAUUUAUGUUUCCUCUCACUUGUGCUCCUGUGUUCUUUGUUUCUUUUUUCCAAGGUUUCUAUUAUUAAGGGUUUGGGGUGGGUGAUCUAACAUCCUUCUGUUUCAGCAAUCUGGGAUGCUGCUGAUUUUAUCACUUUUCUUCCAUAUAGCUCCAAGACGCAUUUUCUAAAGGUUCAAUCAAGCCAGGCCUAAAUGUUGUGCUAGAGGGACAGCCGAAAGCUUUCAACAACGUGGUGAGUGCUGUACGAUCAUGACCUUUGUGGGAUUAAUUUGUGUGGGCAGAUUGAGCUUCUUUUGGAUGGGUAUACCAUUUAGCCAGAAUAAAAUUGUUCAGCCACUCAGUUCAGUCCGUCUGCUGAACUACCGUAGUUUUCGCUCCAAAACACACACUUUUUUGCUCCUAGAAAGUAAGGGGAAAUGCCUGUGCGUGUUACGGAGCGAAUGCACGGAUCGGAGCCAUGGCUGCCGUCAGUCAAGCAAAGCGGGAGCCGCUUAGACGCUACGAGGCUCUCGCUUUGCUUGCUUUAAAGCGACCUGGAGCCGGGGAGGAGGGAGGGAAGGAGAGCCAUGGCAGCAAAGCGGGCAGCAGCCGCUUACACGGGAGGAGGGACAGAUGCUAGCAAAGGUCCGUGCGCUCGCUAAACAGAGCAAUGAGGCUGCAGAGGGACGGCAGGAAAGAUAAAAUUUAAGCAACCAGCAGCAAAAUAAAACCAACCUCGAGCUCUGAGCCACGCAGUGAAAACCAGGAAGUGAAAAAAAAGGCUGGGGAUGAGGCUGGGAUGGAGCAGCUUGUUUUCAGGCAGGAUAGAUUCGAGCAUUGUCUGGGUCCUAGUGCCCCUACCGUAUUUUUGUGCUCCAUUCUAUUGCUGCUGGUGGCUGCUUAUCACUCCGGCUGCAAGGAGGAGCGCUUUUACACAGCUAAUGGCGAAUCCCCUGCAAUCCAAGUCCUCCUCACUUGCUCAAAUCUAUUCUGCCUCAAAACAAGGAGCGGAAGGAAAAGGCUGCAAACUGUUAAAUGGAAAAAACCCCAGGCACAGGGCAAAUACCUUAAGUAUACCUUUAAAGCAACAGUGCUCUUUCCCUCCCUCCUCCCCACUCCGCUCCGUCUCCACGCGUGCUCCUUGUCCCUUGAGUGCUUUUCCUUCCCUCCCCACUUAAAACGUGGUUACAAAGCACGGAUCCACAUGGAUCCUCAGGAUUUUUGCAUUGGGCUACCCCAAACUCACCAUCAGAUCACAUUUCUGUGGCCACAGCAUGAACCAUAAAAAUCAUACAUCCGCUGUUUCGUUUAGAAUAUUUUUUUCUUGUUUUCCUCCUCUAAAAACUACGUGCGUGUUAUGGUCAGAUGCGUGUUAUAGAGCGAAAAAUACGGUAAACCUUUAAACUGAAUUCCUGGCAUCUACAGUCCUUUUCAUUUUUUGGAAUGGCUUGGGCUUAUUUAUCUGCAUGCUUGAUGAAUCUCACCUUUUAGAUAGGGCAUCAUCCACCACUUACAUGGUAACUUGAUGCUUUACUCAUUUGGACCAUCAAGACAUGCUGGAGGUGGGGCAAGAAAAAAAGUUGACACUUAUUUAACUACACUCUAUCAAAAUAAGAGUGGUACCAUGUUCUGCAGGCUGAUAAUACCCCUUAAGCUAUUCAGUUUCCUUCAAAUUUAUAAGGGAAAUUCUGUAUUGGCCUCUGUUUGUGUUAUCAUUGUUAAGACUGAAGCACUAGGAGGAGUUUGAGGCUCAAAAACCUCUGGCAUCUGUUUUGAUAGAGAGCAGAAGACAAUGCAUCUUUUUGGGGUGGGAGUAUCAGGACAUGGUCUGUUUGGGGAGGAGAGAUUCCUAGUUCUGCAUUGGUUGGCAUGUUAUGUAGAAGAUUUUGGGUUGCAUUUAAUGCACAAUUAAUAUGCUCUUUUCUAGGAUGGAUUGAAGCAGUGCUUGUCUGAAUUCCAGAAACACCUGGCCUGGAUUGAAAGGCUUGAUGUUACCUCUCAUUUGGAAACAAGUGCCACAAAUGCAGCUUCUAGUCAAACACUUGACAAAGAUGAUGUUGACCCCGAGGAUGAUUUCAAGAGAGAGAUGAGCUUGUAAGUCUGUGUAUAGGAAGUAGAGCUGCUUCUUAUCAGCCUGGUGUGUUGAGCUUUUAGCUUUUUUCAGCCAUAUGCACAAUGGAACAAUAUGUUAGUAGCUUAAGUUUUUUAUUGUCCAAUGGAAGAAGUAACAAUUUACUAAUGGCCCAAUGGCUACUUACAUAUAACAUCUUAAUACAUUAUCCUGUGUUCCCAGCUAUCGUCAAGCACAAGCAUCUGUUUUAGAAGCUUUGCCUCGGCUGCAUAAGUUCAAAAUCCCUACUAGGCGGCCUGAUGACUAUUUUGCAGAGAUGGCAAAAUCUGAUCAGCAGAUGCAGAAGGUAAGGUGCAUGGUUCCUCUUCUUUUCUCAUCUGGCUGCUAUAAUGGAUGUGUUAACAGUUGCUGGCCAUAUACAAAAUUGUGGCACAUUGGGUCUGGUAUUUUGAUGGUGCCUCAUCGUAAUGCAUCAGCAAAUGGAGAAAAAGAGCUCUAGCAAAGUUCUUCUCAGUGCAUAAUGCUACAGAUCAUGAAUUGUUAAUUAAAAAUUUGUUAAUAAAAAGCUUGCUUGUGGGCAUUUUCAGUUUGUACUGAACUCUUAAGAAAGAGGGACUAUAAUGAAGAUUGAUUUUGUGUGGAACAUAAUGCUGUCACAUACAACGUUGGGUAUGGGGCAAAUGUGUAGUUUAGGGAAACAGGUCUUGCAGACUCAGUUGGGACCUGUGCCAGGCCUAGGGGUCAGAGGUUCCCAUCCCUGCUGCAUAUUGUCUUGGGCCUCAGAAUAAAGAAUUAGCCUUGGAUUCUGUAGCAAUUCUUUGGCAGCAAUACAUCCUUAUCAAGCUCUUUAGAGAACUGUCAUUUUUUUCUGUAUUAACAAAAUGAUGCAUCUAAGGCCAUGGAUGCAUUUUGAGGUAUUAAUAGUGAAUUUGUGCAUCUGCUCUCACCUCUCCCUUUGGUCAUUAUGUAUCCAACAAAUAAUGGUGGGUUAUGAGUUUCUGGCAUGAUGCUUUUUCUUGUCUUGUGUGACCUUGCUGGAGAAAGACUGCAACUUUUGCCCAACAGUUAUAGAGUCUGAGUAGUCCUAAACAGUUGAAGCAAUUGUCAAAAUUCACGUUUAGGAGUGCAGCACACUCUAAGCUGCUUUGGUUUUCAUUUCUGAAAUAAAAAAGAGCAUAAUUGCCACAAACAAGCAGAUUUUCAUAAUUACAAAUUCAGGGAACCUGCCUUCAUUGCAUAAAAAGCACAUCGGUUGCUCUCUCUCAAUUAGAUUCGGCAUAAGCUGAAGAGUAAACAAGAAGCAAUGGAAAAGUCUGAAAGAGCCAAACAGCUCCGUGCCCUGAGAAAAUACGGCAAAAAGGUGAGAAAAAUGGUGUCAAAAACACAGAAGCCCCCUUGGAAUGGAGGAAGCGGGAAAGACACACCCAUUGUUUUGAUUGACAAUCUCAGCAUUGGAAUCCUUUGGCAGACGUAUCUAGAAACAUCAUGAACAGGACUCCUAGGGUGUCGGAAGGAUACAUCUGUGUGCAAAAAAGGGGAGCAUUUUGGAAAGGACUGAGGUACUGUGGAAGGAAAGGCUCACUUUUUAUUUCUUGUUGGUAGGUCCAAACUGAGGUGCUGCAGAAGAGGCAGAAGGAGAAAUCCACAAUGCUGAAUGCAAUCAAGAAAUACCAGAAAGGUGAGGCACUCCACUCCCACUUUAUCCUUCACUACUCCCACCCCCAACCCGUACUACAGCAGUAGAAAAUUGUAGCCUGCUUUAGGCAUUCCACUUGCAUGUAAAAGCAACAUGAGAGAGGGGAUAAGUAUGCUCAGCUCCAUCACAGUCGCUCCACAAAUUGGGAGAGCACACUUCUGAAGCAGAGAGCUUCCUGGGCUGUGGAAGCUCCCUGCAUGAUUCAGAGCCCUGCUGUCCCUGUGUUGCUUUUGCAUGCAAGUAGAAUACCUAAAGGAAGGCUUAUGUGUAGUCCAUGUUGCAAGAACUUGAUUUGUGGGAAAGCUUGUUGAUACCUCCAGCCACUGCUGCAUAGAAAAUAUAGAAAUUAUAAUCUAGUACUUGAGAGCCCAAAUCAGGGGCCAGCAAACUUUUUUGGCAGGGGGCCGGUCCACUGUCCCUCAGAACUUGUGGGGGGCCGGAUUAUAUUUUUUUGGGGGGAAAUGAACAAAUUCCUAUGCCCCACAAAUAACCCAGAGAUGCAUUUUAAAUAAAAGGACACAUUCUACUCCUGUAAAAACAUGCUGAUUCCCAGACCAUCUGCGGGCCAGAUUUAGAAGGCGAUUGGGCUGGAUCCGGCCCCUGGACCUUAGUUUGCCUACCCGUGGUGUAAAUGCUGCACAAUAUUCCUGUGCAUAGAUAUACCCCUUUGGGUGAUAAAGCAAGCCUUCCUGCAGUGCUUGUCCUGGAGUUUCUUUUCUGGCUUGGCAUGCAGCUCAUUUAUUCUGUCUUUUAUUCAGGUCUUUCAGACAAGCUGGACUUCUUGGAAGGUGAAAAAGCACCAGCAACUCAGGGAAAGAAGGCAGGGGCUGGAGGCCAGCAUAAAAAUAAAGGGUAAGGCCUGUGAAGUGCCGGGAUGUCUACUAAAACUUGCAUUUCUUUUGCUUUACCAUGAAUAAGUCUUUUAUUGGAUCAGUUUUGUUUUGUUUCGUGUUUAAGUUCUAAGUCCUUCUAAUAACAAAAGUCGAUCCAUUAGCAGAGCACUGAAGGGGGAGCGAGGCGGCAGCGAUGGGGUUGGAUUGGCCAAAGGUGUCCCUCUGCCCAGCUCUCUCAGCUAAAGCAGCCUCCUGCUAGCUGAUGGCAGAUGGCAACUGAGUGGCAUGUCAUUCCACUGAUGUGGCACUGCCCCUUUCAUUUGCAAAUGCAUGUGCACAAGUGUUGUCAGUGAGGUGCCUGCUGGUGACAGUCACUGAAAUUCUCCAAAAUGGUGUUUUGGAGGUGGGGAGGGGUUGAGCUGGCCAGUUGGAUCCCAAGUUGAUCUCACUGCCAUCACACCAACAGCAUUGGAGUCCAAGAUAAAAAUUUAACUUCUUUCAUACCUAACAUCUAAGACUAAUGCCCUCAGAGCGCUUGAUCGCUACAGCUAAACUAGCCUAGUAAGAAUGAACUGUCUGAGACCUACAGCCUUAGAACUGUUGCUGUUUGGGUGCACAGAAAAAGCAAACUGACUACUGGCUUCCAGUGUUUCUGUUUGAUGCUGAAUGAGUAGUCUUUGCCAUUAGGUGUCUGGCAAAGUGGGAAGCGGGUUGUGAAGUGUCAGGAUGGGGUGUGCGGUGCUGCUUAAAAUAAUAAAGUACUGAAGUUGGAAUAAUUCCUUUUGAGGGCAGGGAGAGAAAGAUAAAAAUGUUUGCUGUGGAGCCGGCCAGUUUAUUGGGAGAGAGAUGGCUAGGUACCCAGCCGUAGUUAGCUGGUUGUUUUUCUUUCAGACCGAGUGCCAAACGACGCUACAAGAAUCAGAAGUUUGGUUUUGGUGGCAAGAAGAAAGGGUCAAAAUGGAACACUCGAGAAAGUCACAAUGAUACGUCCAACUUCCGUGCUAGUGUGGCCCACCACAAGGGUCCUGGGAAAGCAGGGAAAAAGGGUGCCAAUGUGAGUACCUACCAUGAAUUGUUUUUAUUUAGACAUUUAGUGUUAAUAAACAGAAGUGGCUUAUAAUAAAUUUCCAAUGCAUUCAUAUAAUUUGGAGGGAUUUUAAUCAGGCUACAUUUCUUAUGGUUUAGAGUGGGCUCUUAGUAUUUAUUUAUGGCUGCUGUUUAUUAUAUUGAGGGCGUGUGUUUGAGUUUUACUUACAUUGCUUUAUAUAUUGCUAUCUUCUUUUUUAGUGAGCUUUGUAAGGAGGGUAUAAAUUCAUUAAAUUUAUAAGUGCAUAAAUUAAAUGAUUAAAAUUUAUCAGCGUGUUUUCUGCUGGCAUAAAUAAAAAUUAGCUAACAGCUGCCAACUGGGAAAACCUUGCUGUAAUCUGGCUGCUAGUAGAGCAUUUGCUGAGCUGGUUCACACCUCAUAUUAAGCCACAGUAACAAGUAAACCAUGGCGUUCUGUGAAUGAGCAACAAGCAGGACUGUUCAGUCACUCUGCCCUGCCUGGACCCAGAAAAGCAACCCACAAGGCUUGGCUUGCCAUUACAUGUGAACCAGCCCAUUGUGGUACACAACUCCCCCUCUCCCUCCCUGGCAUCACCCUUUCCCUUGUACAGUAUAGCUAAGGUAGUAAAAUGAUAACAUCCAGCUUGUAUCUCAUUUUAGAAGAGGCCUGGCAAGAAGGUGAGGCAGAAAAUGAAGAACCGUUCCCGAUAACGAGAAAAAUGGGUGACCUUUCCUUCUUCGUGAAGUGUGACUCCCUACGGAACGAUGGCGUGAAGUGAUGCUGACCUGGACAACAUAGCCGUUCAGACUGCCAUUCAGAGUCAGCAAGUGGUACUGCCUGACACAGGGUGUACGCACUUCUCGUACAUAAAUAACAAGCAGAUGCCUAUAUUUCAUACUGAUUUAGUCUUUCUUGAUCCUCCUUGUGCAAGAUUGUGAAUUAAAAAGUCUUGAUAGCUUGAUCAUCCGUGUCAGAUUGGGAGAGAUCCUUUCUGGUUUGCAUUGGGUCUCACUAAAUCCUUCAAUUUUUUUGGUACCUCAUACAUAACAUCAGCCUGUGUUCUCCUCCCUUGUCACCCAGCAGUGGUGCAUGCAGAGUACUAAGCAACAGCUUUUGUAUUUCUGCCACUUUAUGACUUUCUUUGCUAAGGGCAUUGGGUCCUCCUCUUCCAUUCAACAGCAGAAGCUGGUGGUCUACCAGCAAAUAAUCACAUGAACUACUGUUGCUGCUCAUACCACAACUUCUGGUUGAGAAACAGAUUGUCCUAUCCACCCACUAUAAAAACUGAUGACAAAAUGAAUAUGGUGGCAGAAAGAAUAGCAGGCAGUUUCAGGUCAGGUUUAUUGUAAUACUAAAUGUUCACAUAACACAGGACUUUCCUAUACCCACUGCCUUGCACCCUGUGUCAGGCCUCUGUCUUAUGCUUUGCAAUAAUUAAAAGAUGGAGACCAUGGAAGUCUGGAAGCCUAAAUUUAUGUCUACAGUCCUUCCCUUAAAGUCCUGCAAUGCUGUGUUCCUUUAUCGCUUAUCUUUUGUCAUCCCUUUCAGGCGCCACAUAGCAGCCAUAUAUCUGGUGAUUUCAGUGCUCCGACUUGGAAAGUAUAGCCUGUUGUCAUUCCGGUUUACACUGAUCUGUGAAGGAGAAUAUUACCAUAGUAUAAGAACAUUUGGCAUAAGGGAGGAGCUAGGAUUUGAAUAUUUUCCCCAAACUAUCUCCCCAUUUGAUGAAAUGUCUAGAUUCUGAUAGCUAACCAGGUACUCCCUAUAAACUUUCAAAGCUUUCUCCAUAGCUAUAACAGCUUAAAAUUAUUUUCCUGUAAAGUCUGGAUUCUUAAAAUGCCAGACAACUACACACACUUCCCCAGAAGCUCCUUAAAAACCCACUUACCAAAGGUGUGGAAAACCAGCCGAUUUCUUGGCUUUCUGUUUGUGGUUCUGUGUAUUUCUUGUUUGGUUCAAGUGCAGCAUGAUGAAUUAGUUUCAGGAACUUAGCUAUAGGGUUAAAGCAUUGGCAAUGAGACUUGCUUAGUGUAGACUGGGUGCAAGGCACUUAAAUUGCACUGAAAUUUUUAGAUGUGAUGAUGCUACAGUGCUCUGUUAAAUGCUUAUACACUUUCAAUUUCAAUGUUUGUUCUGCUUGCAUAACUUAUUAGCUUGCACCUGAAGUUUUUACAUACUUCAUUUAUUUCACAAUGCAUAUACUGCCUUUCAUGGUCAAUUCUCUCAAGCUGGCUUGCAUCAAAACAACAACAAAACGAUACAACAAAAUUAAUCAUAUACCAAUAAUACCCACCACCUACCCCCUCAAAAAUGUUAGAGGAGUUGAACAUGCUGUUGGUUCCUGCUGUGAAUGAGGAAGGACAGCUGCUUUGCCUGUUCUGUGAGCAGCAUUGCAAAAAAGUUGGUAUCUUUCGUUCUCUGUGUGUGUCAAAUAUCUAAAAACACUGGCAAACCUAGUAAAAAUGCAAUUGAAUUUUCUUUGUAUUUAAUGACAGUCAUAGGAUAGGAUAGCCCACCCUUUGGCAACCUGGUGCCCUCUAGAUGCUUGGGACCACAACUUCCAUCAGCCCCAGCCAGUACAAUUGUCCUGGUUGGAGCUGAUGAAGAGUUGUCAUUCAAAACAGCUGGAGGGCAUGAGCUUUGUGAAGGCUGGGAAAGCAGGUACUAAAUCUUUCCGAAGAACACACUCUUAGCUUGUGUUAUGGCUUUGUCUUGCCUAUGCUGCCAUGCUCUCACUCUGCAGAUGCAUGACAGGAGAAUGAGGCUUGGAAAAGAUUUUCAGUGAAGUUCACAUCUUCUCUAAGGCAGACAGGAGGCCUGCAUUGUUCUGGUAAAAUGGGAUGACUGCAGUAUUUUGUAUAAUUAAAUAGAGGUUGCAGAAAACCUCAAUUCCUAAAGACAUGUCCUCUUGGCUGCUCUACAUUUUACCCUUCCAAAAAGGUUAGCUGUCACUGGCCUUAAGCUAACUUCAUUGUUGUCCCAAAAGGCUUAACUAUAUUACAACAGUAUUUGCUGGCAAGAAUUCAAGUUACAAAAAGGCCACAAACCAGUGUCCAUCCUGAAACCAAUAUCCUGGAUAAAGGCAUUUCAACAUAACAAGCACCAUUUAGGUCUCUCAGAACCCUUAGAAAAGUAAAGAAUUAAAAAGAUGAAAUAGGAACUAAUCUAGUGAAAUAAUAUUAAGUUGGAAGUGAAAUUUGAUAGUAUCACUGUGUGGCUAGGUAAGUUGGGGUUUGUUGCUUUGAAUAUUGAAGCUUGUGCUUUUAAAUAUUUAUUUGCAAAAAUAUAUCAUUAUU